AUGCAGCGCGAAGUCAUCUCAGUGGCAUGGAUCGACGAGCAUAAAAGCAAGGUCGAGCGCCAAAUGAGUGUAGGCUCAACAAGUGAACACACUCUUGAGAUCAUUUCGAGGCAAAUGGAGAAUUGUCGUACCACGGUACGGGCAAUGACCACAAAACUCAAGGUGGACCGAUGCUAA